GAGCUUUGAUAAAUGUCAUCUCUUUUGAAACAAACAAAACAAUAAAUGGCAAAACAAGAUCCCACUAGCAGCAGCAGCAACACGAUACCACUACCACCGCUCGUAGGAUCUGAGUUUGUUCGUCCUCAAACGUUAGAUCUUAUCAUCACCGGAGAUACAGUGAAGGACACCACCGGGAACAAAGUUUUCAAAGUCAAAACGCCUCUCUUUGGUCUCCACAACAAAAGAAUUUUGCUUGAUCCUAAUGACUCUCCCAUUCUCACCAUGAAAAUGAAGGUGACUAGUAAGCACGAUCGAUGGCAAGUGUAUAGGGGAAAUGAUUUGGAUGAUAAGAUCUUCACGGUUAAAAGAUCUUCGACGAUUCAAUUGAAGACAAGAGUUGAAGUAUUCUUGAAACAUAACCAGACCAGGGAAGCGUCUUGUGAUUUCACUAUUAAAGGCCGGUUUAUGAAACGUGCAUGUACAGUCUAUGUUGGAGACUCUACCAAAAUCAUCGCUCAGGUACACGAAGGAGACAAGAGAUUAGUGGCUACAAUAUACCCUAAUAUUGAUCACGCUUUUAUUGUUACACUUAUCUUUAUAUUUGACCUCAUUAAUAUGGUUGGGGCUGGGGUUUGAUUACUACUAUUAGUUUGAGCCUUGAGAGAAAGAGUUGACAAUUUUACAUUGUCUAUCUGUAAAUGUGUGUGUGUGUGUGUGUGUCUGUCACCUUCCUGGCCAGGCCAAUGUGUGUUAUUAUAUUUUUGUGUGUUUACAUGUGUAUCUCUCAAUUGUCUUAUGAUA